AUGGACACCCGCUACGCCAAAGGAGUUGUGAGGGCUCAUUUUUUAUGUUAUUGGUCGGCAAACGAGCAGACGGAUUACCUGAUGGUAAGCAAUCAGCGCCGCCCAUGGACACCCGUUAUACCAAAGCAGUUACUACAAGUGCGUUGCCGGCCUCUAUUCGAUCCUCAACCCCUAUUGAGGAUUGAUGACAUGAAGGGCCAAUGUAAGCGGUUUGUGAGCCAGAAAGGCAAAGCGUACGACAUACAUCCUAAGAAAAAUAAGAAAGAGAAAGAGGAUCAGGAUGAAAACAUUGGAUUCUUUGCUUUGACAGCCGGUUUGUCGGCGUACUCAUACACGCUAGAAACAUUAUCGUUAAUCGUUCUUUUCUAUGGAAUAAGUCGGCAGACGGCAGAUUACCUGAUGGUAAGCAAUCCGGCAAUAAUGAUCAAUAAUGAUGAAACGAUUAUGAUGAUAAGUGUGGGAGAGCCAUGCUUCGGCACGAAUGGGUCGGCUCCACCGGAGUGA